AAGCAUCCGCUCAAUGGGUGGUACCCGUGUUCUGAGGUCACUUUUGCGGAAGCAGCAGAGAGACCGAGAGAGCAAAACGCCGAGUGUGCCGUUUACUCCGCUCCCUUGUGCUACCCGGGAAUCUGCACGACUCCAACGUCAGUGAAGCCGACGGUUGAUAUUUUCUUCAAGCGUCUUCCUGCUACAGUCGGCGACGUGGCAAAAGCGUCGAAUGCGUGGUUUCUUCAAGGCGGACCCGGCAUGUCCUCGAUCUACUGUAAG